GACAGCGAUGCAGCGGGCUGCGGUGGCAUUUGAAGACGUGGCCCUGUAUUUCUCUGCUGAGGAGUGGGCGCUGCUGGCACGGUGGCAGCGGGAGCUGUACCAGGAGGUGAUGAUGGAUAACUACGACCUGGUGGCGUGUCUGGACUCCCUUGACAUCAAACCCCUCAACGUCCACGGAACGGAUCCUGGGGAGACGUCAAAUGGAGGGGACAGAGGGCGACUGGACCCCGCAGGCAGCGCCCCCUGGGACAAAGACGCACUGGGUGACGCCAUCCAGGGACGCCGUGUGCCGCCGGAGCCAGGAUGCCCCCCCCUGCACCCUGAAUGGGGGGAGCGGGAGCCGGCAGGGGCCGUAGGGCCUCAAAUCUGCAGGGUCUGCGGGCAGAGCUUCGAGGACGAGGCGGCGCCGAGCACGCACCGCUCAGAGCACGGGGACCCGACGCCCGGCCACGAGUGCGUGGCGUGCGGCAAAGUGUUCCGGCACCGCCGCAACCUCCUGGUACACAAGAAGCAGCGGGGCCAGCGGCGGCACUCCUGCGGCGAAUGCGGCCGCAGCUUCUGCCUGAAGGGCGACCUGCUGCGGCACCGGCACCGGCGCGACCCGCAGGAGCGCGGCGAAUGGCGACCGGCGCGGCGGCAGUGCCCGGAGUGCGGGCGGCACCGCGAGGACGAGCUCAGCCCGAGCCGGCACCGCGCGCGGCACGGCGAGGAGCGGCCCUUCGCCUGCGGGCGCUGCGAGCGCCGCUUCUCCUGGAAGGAGAGCCUGCAGCUGCACCUGCGCAGCCACGCGCCCGAGCGCCGCCACAAAUGCCAGCAGUGCGGCCGGGCGUUCAGCCGGGGCAGCAACCUGCUGCUGCACCAACGCGUGCACACCGGGGAGCGGCCCUACGCCUGCGCGCAGUGCGACAAAACCUUCAGCAGCAAAGCGAGCCUCACCACGCACCGCCGCCUGCACCGCCGCCGCGGGACCUUCGUCUGCGCGCUGUGCCGCCUCGGCUUCGGCUCCAAGAGCAAACUGAGGCUGCAUCUGCGCGGCCACGGCGACGGCGGCGGCCUCGGGGUGGGGAGUGGGCAGCCCUGA